CGUGGCUACAUCAGGGACGUAAGGAACGGAGCGUUGAAUUGUGAGUUGUGAAGAGUGAGGAAGGAGCAUAACAACGAUGCAGAGUGAAAUGGGGGAGCUUUAUGCUUUGGACUUCGAUGGAAUCCUCUGUGAUAGCUGCGGUGAGAGCUCUCUCUCUGCUCUCAAGGCUGCGAAAGUGAGAUGGCCUUCUUUGUUUCAUGGCGUGGAUUCGGCCACUCAGGAUUGGAUUGUUGACCAGAUGCAUUCAAGCCGUUUUGCCGAUGCUUUACUCCGAGAGCUUGCUGGGGUGACAAUUCCACCUGAAAGAAUAUAUGGUCUAGGAACUGGGCCUAAGGUGGAAGUGCUGAAGCAGCUUCAAAAGAGACCAAAGCACCAAGGACUCACACUUCACUUUGUUGAGGAUCGGCUUGCUACCUUAAAAAAUGUCAUCAAAGAACCUGAGUUAGAUCAAUGGAAUCUGUAUUUAGGGAACUGGGGUUAUAACACUCAGAAAGAGAGAGAAGAAGCUGCGGCUAUCCCCAGAAUUCAAGUUCUUGAGCUGUCGGACUUCAGUAAGAAGUUGAAAUGAUUGUUUGUUGCCUUCAUUGAAUUUUCACCUUUUCAGGCGUCAGCAUUGAACUGAACAUUUUGUUACCAUCUCAUUUAUAAAGAAAGUCAGUUUGUUGUGACCACAAUCUUUCUAUUUAAAAUGGCUGCUGUAACUGUAUCCUCUAAUGUUAUAUGGAGAAAUGUUUUUUCAGUACAUAGUAAUAUAGUAUAUAUACACACACAAUAAAAUGACAGUUGAUUAUUGAAACUCAAAACUGGUUUUCAUUAUGUUAGUGUUAUGUUCAAUAAGAAAAGAUAGAUCUACACUCUUGGAUGAAGGCAAUGUGUUGGGUUUACACAUAUAUAACUGAGUUUGCUUUUAUUUGGGUGGCUAAAUAUAUUAAGUUAUAACAAUGUGGAAAUAAAUAGAGGAAAUAUGUGCCUCAAAUGAAGCUGCAAGAUCAAUGUGGAAGAUUCCAAAAAAUACGACGCCACUCAUAGUGAUAUGUGAAUGACUAUUUCGAAAGCAAAUCUUAUUUGUGGUAAUACUACGUUGAAAAAAGGUACUGAAAUAUUUCGAGGAUUUACUACACAUCUUCCAUCUUAGAAGGCAGGUUUGUUCUCCAUCAAAGUUAUGCGAAA